AAAAAGCUUCAUGAACUGACGUUUCAUUUUUUUUUCUGCGUGUUCUUCGUGCGUUUUUGUGUUCAAUCAGCAAUAAUUUACAAAAAUCUAGUCUUUUUCUCAAUUCACUGUGAUUUUACGGCAAAACAAUGCAAAGUAGAUGAUCCAAAGAUUAAUUCAACAUUGCAAUCUCACCAAAUAAUCAUCACACAGCCCCCAUAGCCUACUUGGACAAGUUUUUACACAAAGAUUCCUCCCGGACGCCAUUAGAAAAAAAAACAGAAAACGCACUCUUUGAAUAAAGAUGAUUAACAUGAGCAUACAAGAAGGCAUUUCGGAUUUAAUAAUAACUGAGGAAGAGGCUGGAUACGAUGUACCUGAAUUUGAAAUACUACCGGAUGCCAUAAGGGGUCCUGAAGUUCCAUAUUUGAAACAUCUCAAGGCUGAAUUGGAGGAAACACGGAAGAUCCUAAGUCGUGAAUCAGGGAGCUUAGAACGUCACACGGAGAAAGCUGUAAAUCAUCCGGAUUUUGAGAAGACAAAACAAACGGAGAAGGAAAUCAAGCGUUAUCUCAACAUGUAUGAAAAUGAGUUGGCUUACCGUGGUAGCACAAAGCCAAUGAAGACAUCCCCCGAGGUAGAAGUUGAAGACAUGACGAUGAAUAAGAAUCUCCCUAUUUUCCUUGGGAGACAAUAUUUUAAAUUCCAACCAUCAUCAGAUUCGGAUGAAUCUAGUAGCAUUAAGACAUCCACGACCAGCGAUGAAAUCACAACAGAGCAGCCACGACAGGAUUUAUAUUGCAACUUCAGCACGGGACAGUUCAAUUACUCCUUCCCAUUUCAAUAUUAGCUAAAAAGAAAGGAAAUUGUACAAAAUUCCACCGAUUAUGGCCUUUUUUUUUAAAUAUAGUGAAUUAUAAAAAGAAA